AUGCGUUGUCGCUGGUUCAUCCUGUUGAUCACCGUCACACUAGCGUGCAAUGCUCAAGCUGAAUCGAAAACGAAGAUACAUUCGAUCACACCCGCUGAAAUCCAUAGUAACCCGAGGGUAUUGCGAGCUUAUAAGACUACGAAUAAUAUUGAUGAAGGUUUUCACGAUGAAGAAAGAGUCGCCAGUGGAUCCGCCGUGGAAACAGUCACCAAUUCACUGAAGUCGACAAGCACUCAGUUUGACGACUGGCUCGCAAAAGGAACAUCUACCGACGAUGUUUUCAAGUUGCUAACGCUCGACAAGCCUUCAGAAGGUCUCCUGACCAACUCGAAAUUAACAGAAUGGAUCCAUUACAUGAAGCUUUUUAACAAAGCCAAUCCCAAAAAGCAGACGUCAUUGAUCAAAACGCUCACGGCUCAUUACGGUGAUGAAGCUCUGGUCAAGAUGAUCGAUGCAGCGAAGCAGGUGCCAAGCACAGCGACUUUCGCUAAGCGACUGCAGACUGAACAACGUCAGCUCUGGCUUACUCAAGGCAAAUCACCGGACGAUGUGUUUGCAUUGUUAAAGCUGAACAAGGCAGGAGACAAGAUUUUCACGCACCCUGAGGUUGUCACGUGGGCGAACUAUGUGGGUGAUUUCAAUAAGGCAAACCCGGACAACCCAGUGAGUUUAUUCUCUACAUUAGCGACACGUUUCAACGACGAAACGCUGGUACCAAUGCUCAUUGCAGCGAAGAAAAAUCCGAGUACAGAGAAGAUUGCUGUACAAGUGCAAGCUGUUCAAACAAAGUUGUGGUUAAAAGAUGAGAAGCGACCAGAAUAUGUCUUCAAUCUGCUGCGACUUAACCGAGAAGGCCGUGACAUCUUCAAGAGUCCGCUGUUUACCGCUUGGGUUCAGUAUACCGAUGAUUUCCGUAAGAUUUAUUACGGAACAGAUUUUACAACGAUCGCGACAUUAACGAAGUAUUACGGAGACGAAAACCUGACCAGGAUGAUCCUUGAAGCUCUAAACUCACCGAGUACGGCGAAUAUUGCCAAGCGAUUGGAGAUUGAGCAAUUGAGGAACUGGUAUGUCCAGAAAUUUACCCCAAAAGAUGUCUUCAAUGCUCUGAAUCUCUACAGUGAAGGGGUGAAAUCGUUUGAAAGCCCACUGUACACCGUUUGGACCAAGUAUGCGACUUAUUUGAGUGCUGCAGAACCUGAACACAAGCGAAAGCAACCUAGUAAAAGUUCUCCGAGCGGGUAA